CAGGAAAAUUGCAUCAACUACAACAAAGGCUCGCAGGCUCACUUUGCCUGACCUGAAAAAUGGGGCUCGAGUUCGAGUCACGGACGGUUCGAGCCGAUGAGUCCCGAUUUACGUUUAACAUCCCGUUUCCCAUUUUCCAAAGAAGAAAUAGAGCAGACCAGGGUGGUACUUUUGUAAAUUCAGUCAAAAUAAUCCUGGAAAAGUAGAGUGUAACGGGCAACAGUUGCAGGUCUGAAGAACAUCAACCCUAAUCAUUAUUUUUCUGUAAAUUCUCAGUAAUAAUGCUCUCACAGUCUGUUCUGUAAAUACCUAUGCUAUAUCAUCAGUUCUCUUUCUCUCCCACACUCACUAUCAUACUUACAUUCUCUUACGCAAGAUAAAAUGUCAGCUAAUUUUUAGCCUCUCCCAUUCAAUUCAACCCACUCUUAGCUUCGUUUGCCUUUUUGCUGCAGAAUCUGCUUCUGAUCAAUCAUGUCUACUAAGUCCAAAUCUGCUGCUUCUGAAACUCACAACAAAACAGCAUCACCAGCGACUCCUGGGGUCAGCAAGUCGAGCAGGGGAGUGGCCAAAUCUGAUGCUGAUUCGGCCUCUCCCCUCCAAAAUUCUCGACUGUCAGUUGAUCGAUCUCCAAAACUGAUCACUCCAAAGCCUGUAGUAGACCGGCGGUCUCCCAAGCUCAGUACCACACCUGAUAGAAAACCAUCUAGGACUUCAAAGCCAUCGGAACUUCAGGAGGAAUUAAAUCUCGCUCGGGAAGAUCUUAAGAAGGCCAAGGAGAAAUUGGUUUUGGUAGAGAAAGAAAAAGCAAAAGCUCUUGAUGAAUUGAUUGAGGCACAGAGAUCAGCCGAGGAAGCAGAUGGGAACUUCAGAGAAGCUUUGGCGGCUCAAAAGCGAGCUGAAGAGAAUAUCGAGAUUGAAAAGUUUAGAGCAGUUGAGAUGGAACAGGCUGGCAUUGAAGCAAUCCAAAAGAAAGACGAGGAAUGGCAGAGAGAGAUUGAAGCAGUGAGAACCCAGCAUGCAUUGGAUGUGGCAGCUCUUCUAUCUGCCAAUCAGGAACUUGAUAAGCUGAAGCGAGAGUUGGCGAUGUUUGCUGAUGCAAAAAACCAGGCCCUAAGCCAUGCUGAGGAUGCAUCAAAAAUUGCAGAGAUCAAUGCAGAAAAUGUGGAGAUUCUUUCUGCCGAGUUGGUUCGAUUGAACUCCAUGCUUGACUUGCGAGUCGAAACGGAAGCUAAUGAGAACAGUAAGUUGGUGGAAGUACUGAAAUUGGAGAUUGAUUCUCUGAGACAAGAACUUGAAAGGACAAAUAUUAAUGAGGAGAAAUUGGCAGAGAAAGAGGCUACCUUAGAGCAACUUAAUAUUGAUUUGGAGGCUGCAAAAAUGGCUGAAUCUUAUGCAUGUAAUUUAGUGGAGGAGUGGCAGAAGAGGGCUCUAGAAUUAGAAGUUCAGGCCGAGGAAGCAAAGAAAUUGGAGAGAUCUGCUUCAGAAUCUCUGGAAUCAGUCAUGAAACAACUUGAAGGAAGCAACGAUUCUUUGCGUGAUGCAGAAUCCGAGAUCACAUCCCUUAAAGAGAAGGUGGGAUUGCUGGAAAUUUCAAUUAGAAGGCAGAAGGGGGAUCUUGAGGAAUCAGAACGCAAACUUGAACUAGCCAAAGAAGAAGCUUCUAAAAUGGUGAAAAAAGUUGAAUAUCUGGUGUCUGAGCUUGAAACUGUUAAAGAAGAGAGAAUUCAGGCUUCAAACAACGAGAAGCUUGCAGCUGACAGUGUUCAAAAUUUAUUGGAAGAAAAACAUAAGCUCAUAAAUGACUUGGAAAAUUCUAGGGAUGAAGAAGAGAAGAGUAAGAAAGCAAUGGAAAGUUUAGCAUCAGCUUUGCAUGAAGUUUCUUCAGAGGCAAGAGAAGCCAAAGAGAAGCUAUUGUCAGUUCAAAUUGAGAAUGAAAACUAUGGAACUCAAAUAGAAGACCUGAGGCUGGUUUUGAAAGCAACAAAUGAGAAGUAUGAAAGCAUGCUUGAUGAUGCGAAACAAGAGAUUGAGGCUCUAGCUAACUCUCUUGACCAGUCAAAGCAUGAUCUCCAGAACUCAAAAACUGAGUGGGAGCAGCAGGAGCUUCGUUUAAUGGAAAGUGUGAAGCAAUCUGAAGAAGAGAUCUCUUCAAUGGAAAAAGAAAUAAGAAGGCUGGUUAAUUUGCUACAUGUGGCAAAUGAAGAAGCUUUUGCGACAAAGAAGGAAGAAGAUCACCUGAAAAUUUCCCUUAAGGAAGCUGAAUCAGAGGUGAUUUACCUAAAGGAAGUCCUUGGUGAAGCAAAGGCUGAGAGCAUGAGAUUAAAAGAGAGUUUAAUGGACAAGGAAAAUGAAUUACAGAACAUUCUUCAGGAGAAUGAGGAGCUACAAAUUAGAGAAGCUGCAUCUCUUAAGAAGAUUGAGGAGUUAUCUAAGUUGCUUGAAGAUUUACCUAAGCGUGUCAAUGAAAAUGGUGAGCUUACUGAAAGUGAAAAAGAUUAUGAUAUGCUUCCGAAAGUGGUGGAGUUUUCUGAACAGAGUGGCUUGGUGGAGUUCUCCAAAAAGAAUGGCACAGAAGAUGUGAAGCCUAAGAUGGAGCUCCAACCUCAACAGAGGGAGCAACCUGUAGAGGAGAAGCUAGCGGAAGUUAAUGACGUUUUGAACCAUGAAUCUUCUCAGAUUGCUACUGAAGUUGAGAACAUGAAUGGAAACUCAAAAGAUAAUGAGAACAAAGUAAAGGAAGACGAUGAUUCUACAAAUGUUGAUCUUAAGAUGUGGGAGAGCUGCAAGAUUGAGGAAAAAGACCUCUCUCCUCAGGGAGGGCUAGAACAGGAAUCAUUUGAGGAGGAAGUGGACUCAAAAACUGAUGGUGGUGAGAGCUAUGACCAGGUCAAUGGGCUACCCUCAAAAGAAAAUCUCAAUAAUGCUGGAAGCUCGCCAUCAAAACAGCAGAGUCAGAAGAAGAAGAAACCCUUGCUGCACAAAUUUGGAAACCUGUUGAAGAAGAAGGGCACUACCAACCAGAAGUAAUAGGUGAUCUAUCUAUUACCUGUUUUGUCAUUGAUCUAUAGAAGGUAUUGUAUUCAUUAACGCACUUGAAUGUGUUUGCUCAAUGUUUUUUUCUCUCGUUUAUUCAUCUUAUUUUUGCUCCUUGAUAGGGGGUCUAAAUAUGAAAAGGUUUGUAUCAUCUUUAGAUUUUCUCUCUUCACGCGAAUUUAUUUUGUAAACUUGUCUUUUCAUCUUUUCUUUAUUCAGCUAAACCUCAUUGAACAGGAGAAAUCAUUCUGUUACAAAUGUAAUUUGGUAUACGCUUUCAUCUAUGAGAUAGAGAUUGGCCAUUGAUUAUU